CGCGCUCUGGUUUGUUGCUCUGCUUCCCCACCCUCUUCCCUUCUCUCUCCCUUUCUCUCUUUCUCUCCCUCCCUCUCUCUUACAUUAGAGCUUUCCAUCUUUCGCUUGCAUCGCACUCGCUUUGACAGUGUUAAAUGAAGGCGCUCAUGAUGGCAGUUUUGGCGCACCUGUACCCAGCUGUGUUUUUGGCUUGCGCGUGGAUGUCACUGUUCGGACCGAUUUCAUGUCACACCGGCGUUAUAAACCAGAGAAACGUACGGGACCGAGAGCUUGACAGCCGCGGUGGGCAUGUCACUGGCAGAGAUGAAGCGCUUAUCUCAGCGCACAGCCGCGGAGAUUACAGCGGGGACCCCGGCGGACCCCGAGUCCGGAGGGCAUCGACUCCGGAGAAAGUCUCUCUACUCAGCAGCUCUUUCGUCCUUAAAGGGGAUGCCACCCACAACCAGGCAAUGGUCCACUGGACGGGGGAAAAUAGCAGCGUCAUCCUCAUUCUCACUAAAUAUUACCAUGCAGACUCCAACAAAGUUCUUGAGAGUUCCCUUUGGAGAUCCAGUGAUUAUGGGUCAACCUACUCCAAGCUCAACCUGAUGCCUGGGACAACCAUCAUAGUCACAAACUUCUACAUCUGUCCCACCAAUAAGAAAAAGGUGAUCUUGGUGAGCUCCAGCAUCAAUGAACGUGACCAGAUGCUCUUCAUCAGCACAGAUGAGGGUUCAUCCUUCCAACGGCAGCCAGUCUCCUUCACUGUGGAUACACUCCUCUUCCAUCCAUCUGAGGAAGACAAACUUCUGGCUUACAGCAAGGAGGCAAGGUCACUGUAUAUCUCCACUGAUCUGGGUCACAAAUGGACUCUGCUACAGGAGCGUGUUACUAAAGACAGAGUUUUCUGGGCCGUGACGGGGGUGGAUGUGGAUCCUGAUUUGGUUCAUAUGGAGAUUCAAGACAUCGGUGGUGGAUAUCUUUACGUGACAUGUCUCAUACAAAAUUGCUCUGAUAAAAUGGUGACAGCACAGUUCUUGGGGAAGAUUGACCACAAUUCCCUCUCAGUGCAAGAUGAAUACAUAUUUGUGAAGGUAACUACAGGAAAUCGAACCAAGUAUUACGUCUCAUAUCGAAGGAAUGAAUUUGUUCAGAUGAGAUUCCCUAAAUAUGCCCUUCCAAAGGAUGUGCAAAUUGUGAGUACAGACGAGAAGCAGGUAUUCCUGGCUCUGCAGGAGUGGUAUCAAACAGAUACAUACAACCUCUACCAGUCAGAUCCACAAGGAGUCUUUUACUCCAUUGUGUUGGAGAACGUCCGCAGCACCAAGCAGCCUGAAGAGAAUGUCCUCAUCGACAUCCUAGAGGUUCGUGGCAUCAAGGGCGUAUUCUUAGCCAAUCAAAAAAUAGAUGGAAAAGUGAUGACUCUCAUUACCUACAACAAAGGCAGAGACUGGGAACCACUGGCUCCUCCCCCAACUGAUAUGAAUGGCAAACCUGUCAGCUGCAAGCAGCCUGACUGUCACCUCCAUCUCCACCUGCGAUGGGCUGACAACCCGUACGUAUCUGGAACGGUCCACACUAAAGAUUCUGCCCCAGGCCUCAUUAUGGGUGCAGGUAACCUUGGGUCUCAGCUGGUUGAAUAUAAAGAGGAGAUGUACAUCACCUCAGACUGUGGCAAGACCUGGAAACAGGUUUUUGAAGAAGAGCAUCACAUUCUUUAUCUGGAUCAUGGCGGUGUCAUUGUGGCCAUUAAGGACACUUCAAUCCCUUUAAAAAUACUCAAGUUCAGCAUAGAUGAAGGACAAACAUGGAGCAUCCACAACUUCACCAGCACUUCUGUAUUUGUGGAUGGACUUUUGAGUGAACCUGGAGAUGAGACACUGGUUAUGACGGUAUUUGGCCACAUAAGUUACCGUUCGGAUUGGGAGCUGGUGAAGGUGGAUUUCCGACAGUCGUUUCCCAGGCAAUGCACAGAAGCUGAUUAUGACUCCUGGAAACUCACUGACCUACAGGGAGAGAAAUGCAUCAUGGGCCAGGAGCGAAUGUACAGGAGGAGGAAAGAGUCAUCGUUCUGCAUUAAAGGGAAGAGCUAUACAUCAGUUUUAACAGCUAAACCUUGCCAGUGCACAGAGAAAGACUUUGCCUGCGAUUACGGCUUUGAGCGUGCUCCCAGCCUCCGGUUAGAUGGGGAUCGCUGUUAUCCUGACUUCUGGCAUGAUCCUGACGCUCCACCUGAAAACUGCCACUUAGGACACAGCUACAAGUCCAGCACAGGUUACCGGAAGGUCAUCGCUAAUGUUUGUGAGGGUGGCUUGAAUAAAGAACAGAGCUCGAAGCAGCAUUCCUGCCCUCUGCUGCCCCCUAGAGGUCUGCAGCUGGGCAUCAAAGGACAGAUGCUGGCUGUGGCACCCGGUGAUGACAUCACUUUUAUAGUCCAUCAGGAACAGGGUGACACCACCAGCACCAGAUAUCAGGUCGAUUUAAUGGACGGUGUCAGGGCUAUAUAUGAAAACCUGACAGUCACAGAUGAACCCAUUCAACACCGUUAUGAGAAGCCAGGUGUUUAUCGUGUCAGUGUGAAGGCUGAAAACUCUGCUGGACAUGACCAAGCUACACUUUACAUCCAGGUCACAGCUCCUCUUCAAGAUGUCCAUCUGGAGGUGGUCCCAAUUGCUGGCAGAAAUCAAGAAGUAAAUCUCACAGCUAUAGUGCUGCCCACUGAGGCAAACCUUACUGUGUUUUACUGGUGGAUUGGAGAUAACCUUCAGCCGAAGCUGACCCUGGAGAACAGUCUGAUUACAAGGUUCUCUGAGGAGGGGGAAGUUCCUGUGACUGUUCAGGCUUCUAAUGGUCGAUCCAUGGUACAGGACAGCAAGACUGUCAUUGUCUACGAUCAUUUCCAGGUCAUCCCAUUGAGUUUCAGUCGUAAUUUGGAUCGCUUUAACCCAAACAUCCCUGAAUGGAGACAAGAUGUGGGACAAGUCGUAACCAAGAUUCUUGCAAAGCUCACAGGCGUUCCUCAGGACUCUUUGGUUACCAUGGUAAAGCCUGGCCUUCCCACCACUGCAGACCUCUAUGUUCUUCCUCAAGAGAGCACACCAGUGAAGAGGAGUGUGUUUGUGGAUAAGCGUGUUCCCACCAUAAAGCAGGUUCUGGGUGAGAACAACGUGAGCUUCAUUGUGAGAGGAGGGUUAAGAGUAUUGGUGACUCUGGCAGACUCGGAUAGAGGUUCUCGUCUGGCUGCAGCAGGUCCAGGUGUUUGGGCUCUAGCUGUCUUUCUCAUCAUCAGUCUGAUCUCUGCUGCAGCAUUCAUACUCUUCAAGUUUAAAAGAAAACUGCCAGGACGAAACGUCUACGCCCAGAUGCACAAUGAGAAGGAGCAGGAAAUGACCAGCCCUGUCAAUCACAGUGAGGACACGCAGAAUAUCAUUCAAGGCGAGGAGUUCAUUGAUGACGACCUUGACUCGCAGACACUAGGCAACCACUCAGGAGUGGUGUUGAGCAUAAAUUCAAGGGAGCUGCACAGUUACUUGACCAGCUGAUGACCAAUGUGAAGGUGCCAGUGAUGAGCACAAUAGACUAUGCCUUCCUCCUCUCUCCAGAUCUGACCCUUCAGACACCCUUACAGGAGAGAGAUCAGAGACACACCUGCACCGAACCUUCUCCUCCUCUCUCUAUCUUCUCUCUGUCUUUUCCAGCCUCUUUUCCCGCAUCUUUUCCCUCAUUCCGCGAGGUGGAUUUUGUACCCAUCUGCUGCGCCCCGACUUCACUGAUCACAUACGCACACUUACAUUUGUUGGUCUUUGCACCCUGCAGUCUGUCUCAUCUCUGUCCACCUUCUCUCUCAUCUCUUCUCAUUAUUGCUCUUAUCACAGGAGCAUGGAAUCAGCCCCACUUACUAAUUCCCAGGGAGAAACUCAUUGACAAACGCUUUAUUUUCCAUCUUUUGUUAGUUUUGUCUUUCUGUCUGAAUAGUGUUUUUGACUCUCUUGUGGUCACUGUAAACUCAGAUUAGACAGAUAGGUGAGUGAAGCUGUGCAGAUGUGGUGCAGUGCAGGAAACGAUACACAUUUCAUUCAGGGGAAGCAAUGCUUGUUAGAUAUAGCCAAAGGGAAAACACUUAAGAUAUCCUGUCACCCUCUUUUCUUUGUAUUGUAAAAAAAAAAAAUUGAGUUUAAUUUUCAUAUGCAAUAACACAUCUCUUUCUUUAAUCAACAAAAUCUAUUCUUUUGCCCUGUUUCAUGAUUAUGCUAUGCAGUAAAGUCAAGUCAUUUUUGUCUGUCUCAUCUGAUGCUGCAACACAUCAGUGAUAUUUCUCUUUUCCCAUUCCACAUCAUUAAUAUCUAUAGUGCAAAUUAGUUAAGGGAAAGAAAACUUAUUACCAUUUAUUAUUACACUGACACAAGAAAUGCUUUUAUCGCAAGCAAAUUGUGUCAAAAAGGCAGGAGCAAAAAAAUGAUGCACCUUUCCAGUUACUGCCAAAUCAGCACAGCUGGAUCUUUCUUGGUGUUCUUAGAAAACCUGCACCAAUUAUCAGGGCCAUCGCUUAAAUUUAUAAGGCCCCAGACAUUUUUUUGUGGGUGUCCUUAUAAUAGGGUCUGGUACAUUGGCUCUUUUCCCCUUGAGCCUUAUUCCUGUCUGUUUUGCCAAAUUCUCAUCUGUGAGAUUAUAGUCCACUGCAUAAUGAAACAGUAUCCCCUAACAAAUCAAAUCCCAUCGUUCAUCGUGUCAAAAUCUUUUGUGAAAGCUAGCUAAAUUCAUAUGCUCAUUUAUUUAUUGGACUUUAGAAUUCCUCACAAGCAUCAGCCAUCAGCUCUUGACAGGGAGUCAACACAGGAUGGUACACAGCGUAGCAUGUGCUGCCUGUCAGGUGUAGUGUGUGUAUAAGCCUAUAUUAGGCGUAGAAGGACGAGGUUAUGUUCCCUUUCGUUUGGCUUGUAUAUAUAACAACGUGUACAUAACCCUCUGUAUAUAGACCCUCCGAAAUAUGACACUUUCAAUAGACCAAAAUGUGCACUGUUUUCUCCCAAAUGCCUCGCACUGGGUUUUCUUGAAUUCAGGAGUUCUACGUGGACAUGAUUUGAUCACUUCUACAUCUUUGUCUUUAUUCAGCAUUGUUUACUGAAGGAUAUUCUUAAUAUUUCACACUAUCUAUAACAUUUACACUCACAUGACUUAAAGAGCUGUGUGAGAAGUGGUGCACUGUGUCUUUGUGUGCAUUCUGAUUUCUUUUUUUUGUUUAGACAUUUUAAGGGUUUAGCUGUUUGAAUCAAGGUGUCUGUCUCAAUGCACACGUCUCGCUGUUGGAAUCACUAGUGUUUUCUGGAUGUGAAUGGAUGAGGGUCUCUCACUUGCACUAAUCACAGUUCUUGUACAGUGUUGUUCAGGUGGGUUCAGGGAACACUUCAUUUUCAAGUGAGAAAGACACUGUGUAUGUUACAUCAUACUACAUGAGAAAGGAUCAGUCCGGGAUAUAGGGUGACCAUAUGUCCUCUUUUUUUCUCACAUGUCUGGUACUUCUUAAUUGUCUUUAAGGGAUAGUUCACCCAAUAAUAAAAAUUACCACAUAAUUUACUCAAGCUAUCUUAGGUGUUUAUGACUUCAGAGUUACAUUAAAAAGUGUCCUUGCUCUUCGAGGAUUUGUAAAUAAAAAUGUCAGAGGAUUUCAUUAUAAGCCAGGAGGAGAAUGGUUUACUGUAAACAAAAGUUGUUUUUUGUGAGACUAGUAUAUUCUCACCAGAGCUUACGCUACACAUACGUCAUCCGCUGGAACGCCACUCUCUCGUUAACGUGUGUACGACUGUUUACAGAAGCUACAGUUUACAACUUGUAAAGUUUUAAAUAUGGACAUUUUUCUUACACAAACGCAUUGCUUCGCUUCAAAAGGCCUUUAUUAACCCCCCAGAGCCGUGUGGAGUCCUUUUUGUGAUGGAUGGAUGAACUUUAUUGGACUUUAAAAUCUCAACGCCCAUUCACUGCCAUUAUAAAGCUUGGAAGAGUCAGGAAAGUCAUUUUUUUUUUAUAUAACUUAAAAAAAGAAGAAAGUCAUAUACAUCUAUGAUAGCUUGAGGGUGAGCAAAUCAUGGGAUAAUUUUCUUAUGUGUGUGAUCUAUCUCUUUAAAUGUCUGGGUUCUGGCUUUUUUCAUUCUUUCAAGAGGUAAAGACUGAAAAGUAGUGAUGCAAGCAUUGGACAUAUUUGACCAAUCGUUUUAUGCAAGAAAGUGGGAUCUAUAGAGAAGCAUGAGGACUGUAGAGACCAUGUCAAUAGUAAAAUAAAGCCAAAACCCAGAAAUUUUAGACAAUUUAGAAAUCCCGGCCAGAAUGUGUACAAAUAAAAAAAAAGAAAGAAAGAAAAAGAAAAAAGAAGCAUGUAUAGUCACCCUAUUGGAAAUCUUGACCAAACUGAUAGUUUGCAGGUUCACUGUCUUUUUAACACAUUCUGUUGUGGAGCUUGAACAGAUUGUGUCUUUCCGAGUUUGAUUCAAACAUUGACUGUUUUAUGACGGUCUUGAGUCAAUAGAUUCUUUCAGCAUAAACCAAAAAGAUGGCAUCUCUACAUUCACCAGUUUAUGCUUAUGUAUAUCAAUAAUACAAAAUUGUUCAUUUCUGUACAAUGCAAACAGUAUGGACUAAUUGCACCAGAAGCUGAACUGUCUUUUUUUGUUUUGUUUUACCUGUAUAUGCAGUUAUUUAGUAGUGUGUCAUUUGUAUUUCCAUCUAUGAAGCGACAAUGAGGAAAAGAUUGAGUGUCCCAUUAAGAGACGUUUCUGCGUAAGUUUAUCUUUAGUGAUGGAACACUCCUACAACAAGGACACUUCGUAUAUACACACCUGAAUCUAGAAAUUCAGACUCAAAUGUGGUGGAGACACAGUUGAACUGAUUCUGUAUUUUUUCACUUUUUUUUGUUUUGUUUUGUUCUUGUUUCUUUAUAAUGUAAAUGUUUUUGACUCCACUGCAGCAAGUGAAAAGCACUUAAUUAGCGUGUCUGAAUUCAAACACACUAACUGUAAAGGUUUGUUUUGUUAGUUUGAGCUGUUUAAUAAAGUUUUAACAUGAUUCAUGAAGCGGAUACACGUUUU